GUUUAAAAAUAGUCAUGUGUGAUCUUGUUUGAUUUGUCUUAACAUAUAGAUUAUUAAUAUAUAAUUUUUAUAAUUUUUUAAUAUAUAAAUUACAAGAUAAAAUGGAUUAAAGAAGUGCAUUGGAUGGUGUGUAAAAAUGAAAGUGGACAAAAAGAGUGGGACGGAGGGAGUACUCCGUAAGUCCAUUAAUGUCAAAGUGAAGCUAUGAACGAUCAAGAAUUUGCUCUGUUCAUGGGCGACAUGUGGGGUAGGAAUGAUGUCAAUCUUCAAACUCUUGAGGAUAUUUUCGAGGACGUUGAGGAGGCGGAUGAACCAACACCCGAGAGCAACGAUCCUACAAGGGAGGAUGACGAGAUAGGUGAGCCCGAGAUCUCUAAAGGCUCGGGAAAAGCGUAUCAUGCACGCUUCUUCGCCAGAGUAUUCCGUAAGCUUCUCCAAGGCAAUCCCUUCCCUAUCGAGAUCUACGCCAGCUUCGAUUGUGCUCUAUAGGUUUUUCUUAUCGGAAGCUACACCUAAUCUUCGAUUCUAGCGACUAGGGUUUUGACCCUUCUUCCGCCAUGGACAACAGGGAUUCGAACGGAACAAGAUGGAGACGACAACGCCGGCUAACCUUCUACCCUAGGCUGGCUGGAUUCUGGCGGCACCGAGGAGCUUUGCCUGCAAAUUGCAACUACAAUGCAUCAUAACCACUCAGUGGGCAUCAUAACCACUCAGUGGAGGAAGAUAGAUUCUUGACGAGAAAGGCGGAAGCAAGACCACCAGUUACAGGUCUUCAACUUCAUUCUCUUUUUCUUCUCAUCUUUGAUUCUCUACUUAAUGGGCUAUCUAAUUUUGUAGUUGAAAAAAAAGAAAUUGAUUUUGGCAUCUAGAUUGCAUGCUAUGUGUUUGAUGAAAUUCCUCAACGAAGCUUCUAGGAGUGGGAGAAGCGUGAGUUUUUAUUCUUUUUACAUUAAAUAAAGAUGUGAAUUUUUCCUUUACUUCCGUUUCUUUUUGAGAUUAUUUUCUCUGAUUUCACUCAAAGAUCCAUCUAUUUAUCAUUCAUCAUAAUUAUGUUGGGAUUUUUUUGUUUACGAGAUGUUUGAAAAAUGCUAGAAACCAAUAUCAACUAUGGCAGCUAAAAUGUUUUUUUAUGUCAGCGAUAUGGCAGCUAGAACAUCGUGCAAUUCCAUCUGCAAUAACUUCAGAUCAGCUUCCCAGUUAAUAUUGUCUUUCAGAGAUGCAGGCCGAUUUAUAUCCUGGAGAUGGUUGGUAUAAAAUUUUUCGUCUAAUAUUAGUUAAACCCAAACUUAUUCUCGCCUAAUAUUGCUGAGUGGAACUUGAGAAGAGUGAUGAACCUUUUUCGUGGAGUUUUAUUUGAGUGAAAUGCACAGUUUCAUAUAUAGUGUGUGAAUGUGCUUAUUUGUAUGAAUUAACAAAACAUGUACUAAUUUUAAAUGAAAUAAAUAAAUAUGAUAUGAGUAAGUUUUUUUUACUAAACAAUCAGUUUCUACAUUACGCAAUUAUUGAAAUUAGAUUCUACAAGUUCAUAUAUAAAACUCUAACCAAUUAGUCUUAAAUUAAGAAAUAAAAGGAAAUUAAAGAUUUUGGGAGGAUUGGGUUGUGAAAGUUAACCACAUACAUACUAACACAAGAUGUGGUGGUCAGAAUGGUGUAUUUUUGGUGAUUUUUUAAUUACUUCUCUUUUGAAAAUAAAAUAUUUUCUAAAUAACAAAUUGGGCAUGGUAGUGAGUAUAUAUUAGGCUUUUUAUGAUAAUGGUGUACUUAAGCAUAUAUGGAUCAAAUUAUCACAAUGAAAACUUGGUUUUCAAUCCUGCCAUCAUUAAAGCUUUGUGUGUCUAUUCACGUUUUCACUUGAAUAAAAAAAGUAUCAACACAAUUUGGGACUUCAUAUUGCUGGUAAGAUCUCAGAAGCUUCCUUCUCACUUUACGAUUAUUAUGCUAUCUUACUUGGGCUUACUUAUUCAUGAUAUUUUUUUCUUUUUUUGUUUUCUUUUCAUAAGAAUUGGAUAUUUAUUAGUGGGUUUAUGUGUAAAAAUUAAGUAAUAUUCCUCUUGGUAAUCCACUUUAAAUCUGUUGUGAAUGUCUUCUAGAUUCCUAAAGGGCCUCAAGUCUUAACUUCCAGCCUGCUAUUCUUUGGCUCAAUGCCAAAUUGCUUUAUGUAAUCUUUGUACUUUGAUGAAUGCAGGUUGCAAGUGGAGAAUAUCCUAUUUUUGCUUUGCACGGGUAAGUAAUCAUCCAUUGAAAGUACAAAUUCUAGACUCAAAACUUAGCUUUAUUAUUCUACAGUUAGAUUUUUCUUGGAUUAUUUAUGUAUUUCAACAUAGACGUGGUGGCUGGUGUCCUCUUCGACCAGAGUCUGCCGCAAGGUUCUUCUGAAUCUAGGGUUUCAUCCAUUCGAUGGUCUCUAUGCCUUUUGAGUUUAGCGACCGGUAAGUUUUUUUCUUG